GGCCAGGAGAAUGAGAGGGUUAAACCUACUGAGAAAGUUCGCUCUCGCUUCCUAGAGCGACAGGACUUGUGGACCUUUCCGUUUCCGGUGCUGGAUCCAUAGGUCCCCGUUCUGUUUCUGCAGCCCUUGGUGCGCUGCGGCCCUUCCUGGCAGGAGAACCCCCGCCCCCGCCACCAUUUCCAAGUCCUCUUCUGCGUUCUGCUUGCAACCACCCCACGCAGCACCCGCAUGCACACAGGCAGCGGCGCGGCCUCCGCAGCCAGCACCUGGCGCCUCCUGACCUUCGUGCUGGCGCUCCCUGCCGUGGGCCUCUGCACCCUCAACUCCUGGCUCCACGCGGGCCACCGCGAGCGCCCCAAGUUCAUCCCCUACCACCACCUCCGCAUCCGCACCAAGCCCUUCGCCUGGGGGGACGGCAACCACACUCUCUUCCACAAUUCCCACGUCAAUCCUCUGCCCACAGGCUACGAACAUCCCUGAGGCCCCAGGCCAUGCCUCAGGGCGCAAUAAACACAUGGAAGCUUGGAGCGCAGGUUCUUUGGGGGCGA